AUGUUUGCACUUGGCACUGUACUUUGCCCGACAUCUUCACCAUCAGUGACCGGGAACUAUUUAACUUUCUUAAUGAUCCCAGGGAAUAUAGAGACCAAGAACUGGGCCGAUCAUGGAUUCAACUUCUUAUGUGAAGGUGUUAGGUCGUUCAAAGCGAAGGAAGUUGCAUAUAAAGCACGGUGGGUUUUGAUAGUCCUACCGUUCGGGUUGUUUCAAAGCACCGUCCAACGAAUGAAGUGUCCGGAUUUGGCGCCAGUCAUACAGGCCGAGGUGAAGCGAUCAGUUGAAGAACUUGCUUUGGGGCCGAUAAUACAGGCAGAGGUCCAGCGCUCAGUGUUUGAACUCACUGACAAGGUAAUGAGUCAAGUAAGCUCCUUCAUGAAAGACGCAAGACAACAUCUUCAUCCAGGACAUGAAGAUGUAAAUCAAACUAAGGAGGACGGGCCAUUGAAAAUACGAGAUGAAGGUGGUGAGAAUGUUGUGAAGAAGAAAGGUGAAGAAUCUAGCAAAUUAAAGGAGAAAGGUGCAGUUGAUGUAAACGAUCCUUGGACGCCAUUACUGGAUGGACAGACUUUUAGUGAACCCGAGUUGAAAAUUGGCGUGGAAAAGAGGAAGUUCACAAAAUUGGCCCGUGGUGAUCAAAGUGGAAUUCAAACACGUCGAAUGGUCGAAAGGUGUCCAGGGCUUCAUUGUAUGUCGACCACAGAACCUCAAGUACAGAAAAUUCCACCGAGGACAAUGCUUUCCGAUUAUAAACUCACUGAUGAGUCAGAAGUCGAGGAAGCACUUAAUGGGUACCCAGCUUCGGAAUGGCUUGCAAAUUCAUCCGAUUAUGCCCAGCACAGAGAUGAGUACAUACGGUACCGCUACUGUGAGGACUUACAUGAAGCGAUACAUUCUACACUGAACGCGUGUUAUCCAUGGUCAGUGCGAAUAGCAUGUUGGGCCGCCGAAAAUGGAAAUAAACUUGUGCGGAUACCUCAUGGGCAAGAUAGCCCUGAGCUACCAUUACUUGAUGGUGUCACGCAUGUAACUGCUGAAGCUGCAACCGAUCUUUUGGAGCUGAAUGCUGGGUUGAAUGUCAUACUAUUUUCAACUGCAUUGGAAGCAAGCAUAGAGAUUAUGCGCCUACGGCAAGAGAAUGAGAUAUUGAAGAACACAUCGGGAACAACCAUUGCAAGUUCGGAUAUUGGUCAACACGUCUUAGAUGAUGAUGCAGAACAUGAGUUUCACACAAAAUUUAAAUAUGACAUAGGUAGAAAAGGAAAAACCAAAAUUGUGAUACAAGAAGAGCAUGAAGAAGAUGAGGAAGAGGAAGAAGAAGAGGAAGAAGAAGAAGAAGAGGAAGAGGAAGAUGAAGAGGAGAAUGAAGACGAAGCUUGGAUCGAAGACGGGGAUGAGGAUGAGGAUGAGGAUGCCGAUGAGGACGGGGCCGCAGCUAAGGGUAAUCUGGAUGCAGAACAACAUUCCACAGACCAAAAACGCAAAAGUGAGAAAAGUCUUCGUUCACGUACCCCAAAGAGAAAGAAAACCAAGUAA